AUGGCUUCCUACUCCAACGCCGCCGCUGGCGUCAACUGCAGCGAGUCGACGAUCUCCACCGAGACGGUGACCGGCUCUCACGUCCUCAAGAUCAAGAGGUACUCCAAGACCAAGGAGGUCCUUGGCGUCGGCGAAAGCAUCAAGUCCAGCGUGUUCACCGUCGGCGGCCACCGCUGGUACAUCGAGUUCUACCCACACGGCUACAACGAGGAGGAAGACGACUGCAUAUCCUUCGUCCUCUUCCUCGACCACCCUGACGACGAUGAGACCAGCGUCAAGGCCAAGUUCUGGCUCAUCUUGCUCGACCAGGCCGGAGAGCCGGUGCCGGGGUACUCGGCGGCGAUGGGCCUGUGCACCUUCUCAGGCGCUGUGCCGUCGUACGGCUGCGAGCGGUUCAUCGUGAGGGAGGAGCUGGAGGCGGCGCCCUACCUCAAGGACGACAGCUUCAGCCUCAGGUGCGACGUCACCGUCUUCAAGGAGAUCCGCCAUGUCACCGACUCCACGGAGCAACCAAGGAGAGCCCUCGUGCCUGUUGGACUCAUCUUCUUCUUGAUGUCAUUGUUAGUUGCGUAUUAUUUGGUCACGAUCAUGUGUUAG